AUGUGGGAUCCAGGUGUCCGCGGCGCAUCUCGCCGGAUCCGUGAAAGGCGACGGGACGACAACUUACCGCGAGAGCGCGCGACCAGUGCCGACAGCAACGCCGACGGGAGCGACGCCGCCGACCUUCUCACGCGGUACCUUGCAUGCCAAGACGAGAUAGGAAAGGACGGAAGGGAGUUCGAUCGGUUCCUGCGCGACACGACGCUGAACCUCAUGAUCGCCGGCCGCGACACGACGAGCUCCGCCCUGACAUGGUUCUUCUGGCUGCUCUCCAACAACCCGGACGUCGAGACCAAGGUCCUCGCCGAGCUCCGUGAGAACCUGCCGUCUUCAGGCGGCGGCGGCGGCCAUCACCCCAGCGCCGCCGAUCUGAAGCGCCUGGCGUACCUGCACGCGGCGCUGUCGGAGUCGCUCCGGCUGUACCCGCCGGUGUUGUUCGAGCACAAGGCGGGAGCGCAGCCAGACACGCUGCCGAGCGGGCCGGCCGUGCGGCCGUGGAGGAGGGUGAUUGUGUCCUUCUACUCGAUGGGACGCAUGGAGGCCGUGUGGGGCAAGGACUGCCUGGAGUUCCGGCCGGAGCGGUGGCUGACGGCGGCGGGGCGGCUCCGGCCCGAGCCGUCGUACAAGUUCGUGGCGUUCAACUUGGGGCCCCGUACGUGCAUCGGCAAGGAGCUGGCGUUCACGCAGAUGAAGGCCGUCGUGGCCGCCGUCCUGCCGCGGUUCCGGGUGGAGGUCGCACCCGGUGCCCCCGCGGUGAAGCCCAAGCUGUCCAUCAUACUCCACAUGAAGGACGGGCUCAAGGUGAGGGUUUACAAGAGGCAAGGCGGUGCUAGCCAGGGCUACGUACGUACGUAA